CUGGAACCAGAAAGUGCGGUUGAUUAGGAAUAGGUACGUACAAUUUUCAGCAAAUUAAUAACACCUAGAAACUACUAACUUUCUGUUCUCUGCAUGCUCUGUAUUGGUACAGCCUGCAGGCUAUGUCAUCUACAGGAAAUGUUGGCAGUUUUGUAGCUCUGUCUUCGUCAAACGAUGACAGACACCCUCCUGAAUGCAUUUCAGACCGCAACCCGGACACUUAUUGGGCAACCACUGGGUUGUUUCCUCAAGAAGUGGUGAUCACCUUACCUUCUCUCACCAACCUUACGGGUGUCACCAUCAAGUCCACGAAUGUUCGAAAACUGAGUCUUGAAAGAAGUAAGGAAAAUGGGCCAACUGAGUUUCACCCUAUAACUGAUAAAGAGCUUGAGUCAAAGGAAGGACACCUUCAAGUUGAAGAGUUUAGGCUCAAGAGUCCUGUUGAAACCAAGCACUUGAAACUGAUUCUACAGGAGGGUUAUGGACACUUUGCUUUUGUGUACUCUUCAUUUCCAAUAGACCAGCUUCAGAAUCAUGAGAAUUUGUGUGGACAUAAGAAAGUUCCUUUUCUAGUGUGUACUGAGGUAUGUGCACAUGUACUGUAGUAACUAGGUACAGUGAAACCUGUCUUCAAAAGUGACUGUAAACUGCAAUCUAGAUCUAGCACAGUAUUAAACACAUAAUUUUUAUAUACACAUUUUGGCUGUACUAGAGAAGGUGGCCUGAUUAUGAGUAACUUACAAUGAAA